AUGUCUUUCCUUUUCCGGAAGAACGGUAGCAGUUCACGGAGGCGGAUCAAAGACAAACUUCGUGGUCGGAACUCAGAUCGAGGGAAGAGGGAAGAAGAAGAGAGAGUCAGAUACGACGGUGGCUCCGAUUCGUUACCUCCACCGCCUUCUCCUUGGGGUUUUCUUUUCCCGGAGGAUUUCGUGCGAGUCGACGGGAAUCUCAAAGCGGUCAUCGUUGAUGAGGAAGGAUUAGAUGUGAUUUACUGGAGAAAGCUUAUAGAGCUUGAAAAUAGCGGGAAAAUUAGGAAAACCCCUAGACCUAGAAGAGGAGGCGGAGAAAGAGGAGAGAAAUUCGAUGGUGGGUUUAGAAGAGCUGGAGCAGAUGAAGAAGGCGACGAAGACGAAGAUGAAGUCGGAUUCUACAGAGGAUCGGGGAGUAAUCACAAGGGAGAUGAAUCGAUCGAUGAGGCGUUUUCGUUUCAUGCAAAGAAAUCUCAUUCUCCUUCAGGUGGUGAAAUCCGAGAUCAGAGUAAUAACUAUACUGGUGAAGGAGGGAGAUACUACACUUCUUCUUCUACCUCUGCUGCUUCGCCGUCGCGACCUUCUUCUUCUUCUUCUACGGGCGGAGUUAGUGAUUUCGGUGCCGUUGGAAAACAAUCCCAAUCCAAAUUUCAAGCUCCUGGCGGCGGCUCAUUUCCUUCUUCUCCGUCGCAGAUUCGACCAAUCCGAGGCAGUGGCGGGGGCGGUGGCAGUGGCGGUGGCGGUGGUGGUCGUUCUCCGCCUCUUCCGCUUCCUCCGGGUCAAUUCACGGCGGCAAUUGCUUCGUCCUCUACAUCGCCACCGCCAGUUACAGCCAACCAAAUUGCUGGGGCUCCUUCACUGCCUCCACCAUCUGCUGGGGUUCCUCCACCAUAUCCACGAUCUGCAGGGGCUCCACCACCGCCUCCUUCAUCUGCAGCGGCUCCACCUCCGCCUCCACCGCCAAUUCCGGAAAAGAAAGCACCUGCACCACCACCACCUCCUCCGCCGGGUAAGAAGGCACCUGGUCCGCCUCCCCCGCCUCCAAAGUCGAAAACUGGACCACCUAAACCGCCCGGUAAUGCGAAAGGACCGACGAAGGCAGGUGAGACUUCUUCGGCCAUUGGCAAACCUGAGGAUCCAGCGCAGCCAAAGCUCAAGCCUCUACAUUGGGAUAAGGUUAACCCUGAUGCGAGCCAUUCAAUGGUGUGGCACAGGAUCGACGGUGGCUCAUUCAACUUUGAUGGUGAUCUCAUGGAGGCUCUUUUUGGAUACGUUGGCGCUCGAAAACCAAGUGAUCCAAACAACGUACCGCAGAAAUCAACUGUCUCAACUACGCAGACUUACAUUCUCGACCCUCGGAAAUCUCAGAACAAAGCAAUUGUGCUUAAGUCUUUGGGAAUGACUAAGGAGGAAAUCAUCGACCUGUUGACAGAAGGCCAUGAUGCGGACUCCGAUACACUUGAGAAACUUUCCGGUAUAGCUCCAACGCCAGAGGAACAGUCAGAGAUCAUAGAGUUCAAUGGCGACCCGACGAAACUCGCUGACGCGGAAUCUCUACUGUAUCACAUCUUACGAGCAGUUCCUUCAGCGUUUAACCGGUUCAACGUCAUGCUCUUCAAGAUUAACUAUGCUUCAGAGGUUACUCAGCAAAAAGGAUCUUUACUGACACUCGAAUCCGCGUGCAACGAGCUCCGUGCUCGUGGGCUAUUCAUGAAGCUUCUGGAGGCAAUCUUGAAAGCAGGUAACCGAAUGAACGCUGGAACCGCUAGAGGAAAUGCUCAGGCUUUUAAUCUGACAGCCCUUAGAAAACUCUCUGAUGUGAAGAGUGUUGAUGGGAAAACUACUUUGCUUCACUUUGUUGUUGAAGAAGUUGUGAGAUCUGAAGGAAAGCGAGCUGCGAUGAGUAAGAUCUCGAAUGAUAAUACCGGUGGAGAUAUUGCAGAUGCACCUAGAGAAGAACAAGAGAUUGAGUUUAUAAAGCUAGGUUUACCCAUUAUCGGUGGCUUAAGUUCAGAGUUCACCAAUGUGAAAAAAGCAGCUGGAAUCGAUUAUGACUCGUUUGUAGCCACGACUUUGGCUUUAGGCACCAGAGUGAAAGAGACGAAACGCCUUUUAGAUCAGAGCAAAGGGAAAGAAGACGGGUGUUUGAUAAAGCUGAGAUCUUUCUUUGAAUCUGCUGAGGAAGAACUGAGAGUUAUUACAGGGGAACAGCUCAGGAUAAUGGAGGUAGUGAAGAAAACCACAAGUUAUUACCAAGCUGGGGCAUUGAAAGAGAGGAACCUGUUUCAGCUGUUUGUUAUAAUCCGCGAUUUCUUAGGGAUGGUUGAUAACGCAUGUAGUGAGAUCGCAAGAAGUCAACGGAAACAGCGACCUGCAACUACGGUAACAGGAGCAUCGACUUCAACGGCAGCAACACCGGACGUCGCUGCUGCUGCUGCACCGCAGAGAAACGCGGUUAGAUUUCCGAUUCUGCCUCCAAAUUUCAUGUCAGAGCAGUCAAGGUACAGUUCAAGUGACUCAGACUCAGAUUCUUGA